AAUAGAGAGAGUAAACAUUUAAAACGCCACAACAUGUUGACCAAAAACUGUGACUAGCCUCUCCGUCAUUUUCGAUGUGGGACCGAGCGUUCGAAAUUAGUCCAUCUCUUUCACCUUUUACUGGGCUUCAAUCUGAUCACUCUCUCUUGGUGGUCCCCCGUGUAGUUGUGAUGUAGUUCUUAUCAAAGCCCUCCUGUCUUGUUGUGACAGCUCUGAUAUUGUUUAUUGAGGUGGAUGUCAGGUUUAAUUAGCAAUCGAUAUGGAAAGCGUUUGCAGACCGCGCCUCUGACGUCAUACUCGAUUACCGUUUCUCAUUGGUCUCAAAUUCCCAAAGCCUAGGCUAAUUAUUGGAAGGUUCAUGUUGAUAAAGUACAGCUCAUCCUUCCCUCCACAUCAUGUCCCCUCCUCGCUGGRCACACUCACUGCAUGCUUUUUAAAUUCACACCACCAGCKUCCAGACGUCGUUUCCUUUUGCCUAGGAGAUGAUGGACAGCAGGAUACUGGAUCCACCUCAUGCCCAGUUCGGAGGCUCUCUCGGCGGGAUGGUGGGCUUUCCGUACCAUCUAAGCCACCAUCAUGUUUACGAAUUAGCCGGUCAUCAACUUCAAUCUGCGGCCGCAGUUCCUUUUUCAAUAGACGGAUUACUUAAUGGUUCCUGCACAGCUUCAGUGGUUAAUUCAAACCAGCUCUUGUCUGGCUGUGGUAUGAAUGGAGAUAACCAGCAGUACAAGCUGACAGAUUCGUGUGACCCAGACAAGGAUAGCCCUGGUUGUAAGAGACGACGAACUCGCACAAAUUUCACUGGUUGGCAACUGGAAGAAUUAGAAAAGGCUUUUAAUGAGAGUCACUAUCCGGACGUGUUCAUGAGGGAAGCACUGGCUCUGAGAUUGGACUUGAUAGAAUCGAGGGUACAGGUCUGGUUCCAAAACCGUAGAGCUAAGUGGAGGAAAAAAGAAAACACAAAGAAGGGUCCAGGGCGACCAGCUCACAACUCCCACCCAACAACAUGCAGCGGGGAGCCCAUGGACGCGGAAGAGAUCGCCAGGCGAGAACUGGAGAGGAUGGAGAAGAAGAAGAGGAAGCAGGAGCGAAGACUGUUGAGGUCCCAGAACAAACUUUUGUCAGGGGACCUAUUUCACACCCCAGGAUCUGACAGUGACAGCGGAGUGUCACAAGUGACCGACAGUGAACAAAAUCCACACUGUGACUCUGUAGGCCGAAACCAAACUCAAUCGAGCUGUGACCAAACACCACAAACCCUCCAGAACCAAAGACACUUGAACCAAGAUGCUGGUGGAUCCGAGCUGGACUCGUCCGACAGCAGUCAACAGUCUAGCAUGUGCGCCAACAGCAGAGCCUCCACCCUUCAGAAACUGAACCCAUUCAGCGUAGAAAGCCUUCUAUCCGACUCCAGACCAAGGCGCAAACCGAACAUAGAUGGAUUUUCUGCCUUACCCUCCUCGCGGCCUUUGAUAGGGAAAGGACAUUUCUUACUCUAUCCUAUCACCCAGCCGCUUGGAUUCAUUGUUCCUCAGACUGCUUUGAAGACAACACCACCAGACUCAGAUACUGACAACUCCACACAAAGAACCCCAGUGAAUGACAGCAGCUUAUCUGCCAAUACUGGACAUAAAAACCACAAGGAGUCCAACAAUCUCAACGACGCGACAGCAAUCAAAGUGCAGGUCAACUUUACCGGGAAAAAUACUAGUUCCCCACAGAACAGCCCAGGUCAUGUUACCUUUUCCAGUAGCAACUGUAGUCAGCCUUCAGCCAGUUGUAGUGCAACAUAUUUCCAAGAUGAUGAUGAUUCAAAGUAUCUGCCAUUAGACAAAAAAGAGCAGUCUGUUAAAGACUACCCAGAGAGUUCCGAGUCUGUGACAACCAACUGUCCACCAGAGACAAAGACAGAGACUCAAGAUGUCGGUAUGGAAUAAUAGACCUAUAGGUGAGAAAAAAUAUUGAUAGCGUCAACAACACCUUUCAUUUGCCCAAAGCUCAAUCACGUCUUAGAAUAUAAACUCUCAAUUUACAGAUGACAUAUAUAGCCUAUUUUCUGAUGAUGAUGGGUUAUAACUGUGUGUGUGUGUGUUGCGUGCGUGCGUGUAUAUGCGCACGUGUGUGUGUGGUGGUGGUGGUAGUAGCACUAGCCCCCCUGUGUAACAAACUGUAAAAAUACAUAAAAACCACAAAAAUCCUCAAAGGCUGUAAAAAGUAUUAUAAUAUUUAUAUAUGUAAGGUUUUCAUAAAUAAAUCGAUUGUAUACAAUAAAUCCAAACCGUGUGAGARCUUAAAUAGCCCGUAUAGUGGGUAUAGGUAGCGCUUUCUGCUAAAAUCUGAUGUUGUAUUUUGUGUAUUGCUUUAACAAAUUUAUUCAUCUAUAAGCCUCACUGAAAUGAGGUUACGAGCCGGAGGCGAAAGGACCCGCUCGACUCCUGCAGAGUUUUGAUAUGAAAGUAAUUAUUUUCCCGGUGGCUACUGCAYGGAUUCAGUUUAUUUUAGCCCAAAGGGUUAUUAUACAUUACCGAUUUCUAGUGAUAUGAAAUCACAUAAACUUCCAAGAAUAAUAGAAUUAGCAUGAAAGGCUGGGGUGUCAAAUUGAAAUACGAAAAUAAUAGCCCCGGCAGCUGGGAGUGUGUUUGUGCAUAUUGGAUAGGAGAUGGGAAUUCGUGGGGCGGAAUUUUCAUGAGCUUUUCACUUUGUCAGGGCCCUUGUAGCCGGCUAUAUUAAGAUAGAUGUUCGAUGAUAUCCCUCAUUGUUCUGUCGCUUACAUUGAUGUUUCUGUGUUAUCAGCCUAUUGAUCAUGCGUCGGCUGUAAUAGGACGGGCGAAGCAAACGUGCCUAUUUACAAUAGCAGAACACAUUUGUUCUAAUAGGGUUGGCGGUCCCCAGGGAUGCUGUGCAGGCUCGGGGACAUCUGCGCCAUGGCAAUAUUAGCAAUGURGACCAGAUCUYAAGUCGAGGUAAGAAAGGAAAGACCAUUCACAUCGCAUACAGCUUGUUUUACAAGAUAGGGCCUAUAGGUAAAACGCACGUGAAAAUGCCCUCAAUAACACGAACAUCUAAAUCCUAAAAAUAGAAAAGAUCCYURCCAGUGUGGUGUAGUUGUCCUUAAAUACCCAGAGUUCCUGCUACUCUUUUAGGGUCUUGAUUUGCAAAUAAAUUGAAAAUAAUCAGAGGGGCAGCUUUACAUCUGAGCCGGCGCAAAUGAAUUUCUGAGCCUGUGUCCCUUUCAAAAUAUUUACAUAAUUUUCACCCGGUGACUGCUGUUUGCUCAGAGGAAGCAAUGACUUAUUGGGUGUGGGUGAAGGGGGGCUUUUGGUAUAAGAGACAGGCAAAAGUGUAUAGGGAAAGGGAAAAUUUAAUCUCAACAGAGAGUAUAUAGGCCUAUGGCAGAGACAGAAAGUCAAUAAGCUAAUGAAUAACUUAUUAUUUGAUGAAAACAGAUCCAAAUACAAUGGCCCUUGGAAGUCCUCAACCCAACAAAGAUAAUACUUCUAACUUUUAUUAAAUAUAUAUUCCUAUACCCGACAUAAUAUUUAAAGACAUUAUCUUCUUAUUCAGCCAGCCACAGCCAGCCCAUCUCCCCAAUUAUUGAGCUUUAUUUCUGUCAUUGGGUUGCCAUUUAGGAUAGAUCAUUUGGAAAUUAGAGUUGUCUGGAUGUGUCCUUCAAUAUAUAUAUAUUUUUU